GGAGCUGUCGGGAGGAGCCCGAGUGGGCGCAGAAGGGUCCCAAGGACAGGGCAGCCUACCCCACCCCAGCCUCGAAUGAGAAACAAAAGCCCCUAAGGGGGGACUGGGGGUCCCGGGUGCCGCGACCCAGGCUGUGGUGCUCGCGCGGGACUCGGGCCGAGCCCUGCCUUUCCCUUCCCACAAAGGGGAAGCCUGCAAAGCUGGGGAGGCUCUGCCCUUCCUGGCUCGUCCCCGUCGCCCCCUUCUCUCCCUCAGCCCGAUGCAGGGUGCGCGCACUAGCGUGGGCGCUAAUGCACAUAUACACGCGACGUUGUGGGCUCGUGCACGCGUGCAGGCUGGUGUGUGUCGUCGAUUGUUUAAAGCCACAGGGAAAAUGGUGGAAAAUUCACCGUCGCCAUUGCCAGAAAGAGCGAUUUAUGGCUUUGUUCUUUUCUUAAGCUCCCAAUUUGGCUUCAUGCUGUAUCUCGUGUGGGCUUUUAUUCCUGAACCUUGGCUAAACUCCUUAGGCUUAACCUAUUGGCCUCAAAAAUACUGGGCAGUUGCAUUACCUGUCUACCUCCUCAUUACUAUAGUAAUCGGUUAUGUGCUCUUAUUUGGAGUAAACAUGAUGAGUACUGCUCCGCUCAGCUCCAUUCAUACAAUCACAGAUAACUACGCUACAAACCAACAGCAGAAGAAAAGCCAAGAAGAGGCCAUCCCAGCAUUAAGAGAUAUCACGAUUAGUGAAGUGAACCGAAUGUUCUUCCUUUCAACCGGAGAACUUUACACCAAAAACUGAAUUGUAUCUAGACUAACACCAAACAUUUGUGAGAAGUUUUUGACUGUAAUUUUGACCAUAAGUAUUUGAACUAUCUCUCUUGUAUUUAAUACCCAAUAUUGAAAAUUUUUAAAAUGUGAGCUGAACUUCUUAGAUUAAGUUCCAUUAAUAUCAUAAAUGUUCUCAAAUAUUAGUUGUUAGUGGACAGAAUAAAAUACUGCAUUACCAUAUAGCAGACUUUUAAAGAAAUAAGUAUCAGUAAAACAAGAAGCCCCACCAGAGAGGCGUUCAUGUUGUCAUUUUCAAAGGGCAGUUUCAUCCUUCCUGCUUUUUGUUCUUAGAGGCCCAGAAUUCAAAGCCUUAGAUUUAGGAGAAGAGUGGUACAUUUAAUUUAAUCUAAAAACAAACAUUUAUUGAUUACUUACUGUAUACCAGAUAUUUUUCUAGGCAUUGGUUGAUGUAGCAAUGAUAAGAUUAUCUCCUAAAAAGCCAACAUUUUGGAGGCAUAUUGUGACAGACUAAGCAAAUAAACAAGAAAAUGUUUGUGAUGAAUGCUGUACAGAGAAUUAGGAUAGGAUGAUGUGGGGAGUAAAAGGGUACCCACCUUAGAUUGGUGGUCAGCAAAGACUGCUCAGAAGGAGGCAGUUGAGACUGAGAUUUGAUUAGCAAAAACAGGAGCCAGUCAAAAAUGUUGGAGGGGGCAUUCCAUGUGCAAAGCAUCCAGGGCAAAGACCUUCAGAUGGGGAGGCUCUGAGUGUCCUGAGGACAGAAGGCCAGCAGGGGGCCUAGUGCAUCUGUGCAAGGGGUUGUGGGGUGAGCCUGGAGAGACCCAGGAGGACCAAAGGGCUUUGUCGGCCAGUGUAGCAAGUCUGGACUAAAGUGUCAGUGUGAUGAGUUUGACCCCCUUCAGAUCCAGAGCUAUGGGGAUGCUGAUGUAUUUUUUUAAGAGUCACUCAGGAUGGAUUCAGGAGGCGAAGUUGAGGAUGGGGCAAGAGUAUGGAAGUAAGGCCAGUCAGGAGGCCGCUGUCUAGUCCAGGCAGGAAACGCUCACCGCUUAGAGCAAAGUGGUAGCCGUGGAGCUAGGGAGGAGUUGGUAGCUUUGCACUAUUUGCUCGAGGCAGCUGGUUGACUGGGUACAGAUCUGACUGUGCAGGUUAAGCCUGCUACUGAGAGAAGUUGUGAUCAAAAGCCAGUCCUUGUUUUUUUAUUUUUUGAUGUUUUGUGGGGUUUUUUGGAUUAGCGAACUGUAUUCAUGAAUGGUUAUACCUUUCGCUGAAUCAAACAGUGUUUGGGGAAGUUCAGUUGAUGGGGUGGGAGGACUUGGUCUGUCAAUUAGUUUGAAUGACGCUGCCUUAUCUGUGUGUGUCCAUGUGAGAUUAAGAAGCUUAAAUAGAAAUAAGUUUAAAGAAAACAAACCAUAUAUAACUUAGCAAGAGUAUACUCACAUUUGGCCAGUGGGACCAUAUCUAAAUUCACCUAGCAUUCAAGGCCUUCUAGCUUUUGAUAGUGGAGCUACAUAUUUUAACUUAGGCAAAUUUGACUAUAGUUUCUAAGUCAAAUAGUAAAAGAAACUAAUUAUUUUAAAUAGUUGGGGAAACUAUAACUUCCAUUUCAAUAACCAUAUCCCCAUUCAGAGAGCAGGAGAUGGCUAACAUGGAUUUACUAUUCCUGUUCUCUAGUUUGCCCCAGUUCCCAUAUUUAUUGUGGUAAGAGCAUGUCACCACACUUAAGAGUAGUUUAGGGGGACCAACCAAAUCCAUCAAGGGUAGGAUAGUAAAUAAACUGUGUCUGUUUAAACAAAGUGGGAAACUAUACAGCUAUGCAAACAAGAAUGAGUUACUGCUCUAAACCACAUGAAUAAAUAUCACUGAAUAUUGGGCAAAAAAAAAAGCCAGGCAUAGAACAUAUACUGGAUGGUUUACAUGAAGUUCAAAAUCAGGAAAAACUUUUCUGUUGUUAUAAAUAGUAGAAUAGUGGUACCAACUAGGAUGAGGCAUGAGGAAAUGCCCUGACCAGUUGGAAAUGCCCUAUGUCUUGAUCUGGGUUGUGUGCCCAAAGGGCUUUUGCAUAUCUGGGUCACCUUUAGAAAUUAAAGUAGGAAUUGAAAAAUAUUUACAUGUUUGUAAGUAAUAAGCCUAUUAUAUUUUGGUAUAUUUAAAAUAGCAUAUUAUGAAAAAUAACUAUCUUCCAAAACAAAAAAUAUUUAGUGAGAUGAGUAGAAUUGUUUCACAUUUUUUACAGAAAAUCUCUGUAAUGUCUGGUUUAAUGGAACCAGAUAUGGUCUCAUCUGCUUCUGCAUUCAAUCUGUUCUGGUAUCAUAUGUCACAAGCUUCUGGGAAACUGCUGCAGCCUUGUGGGGAUGAGAAUGAAAAAGACAAAUAAGCAUCUGAGUGGUAUUAUGAAGUUGAUUUAGACCUGAGAGAGCCCCCUGAAACAGGGCCUCCAGACCACUUGAGAACUGCUAGCUAAUGGACCUCACCUAGCAUGUGUGUAUGAGUGUGAACUAGAACAGAAUACAGUAUAGCAGAGGGCAUUGCACUUGGUAAGGAGAAAUAUGUUGAUUGAACACCUCUGUGGUCACUUCAGAUCCUCUGUUCCACCUCUUAGUCCAGUCACUGAAGCUACACAGGUGCCACUUGAUACUGUCCUCUGGCAGGAAGGGGAGUUAACACACAUAGGACCCUCUGGAGGCUAGCAUGGGGCAGGCAUCCUAUCCCCUAAGGAGACCAUUCUGAGCUCCAUUUCCAGACUCUUUGGGAGGUUUUGUAAGAUGGAGCUGUGGUCUCCAUGGCAACAGGGAGCUCAGAACACAACGCCUGCAUUGGCUCUCUCUGCUUUUUUUUGCUCCCCUUGCUUCCCACUCCUGCUCCCCAGUGUCACUUUGCAAACAGACUGCCCACACACAAGCCUUUUUCACAGGUUCUGCUUUCAGGGGAACUCAAGCUGAGAUGUUCUUGUUCUAUCAGUUAUGGAACCAUGAUGUAUAGUGCAUUUCCCUGCUGUAUGUCAUUAUCUAAGAAAAAAAUUUAAAAGACAGUGUGUUUUGCAAUAAGCCCAAAUAAUAGCAUAAAGCACUCCAAAUAAAAAAUGUCAGUAAUUUAAAAA